CCCCGCGCACGCGCCCCGCCGCCCCGCGCACGCGCCCCGCCGCCCCGCGCACGCGCAGUGGUGCCGGCCCCCCGCAGUCCCGCAAUCCCGCCAUGGCGUCCGAGCGGCUCCCGAGCCGGCCCGCCUGCCUCCUCGUGGCCAGCGGCGCCGCGGAAGGCGUGUCGGCCCAGUCCUUCCUCCACUGCUUCACGCUGGCCAGCGCUGCCUUCAACCUGCAAGUGGCCACCCCUGGGGGGAAGACCAUGGACUUCGUCGACGUGAACGAGAGCAACGCGCGCUGGGUGCAGGACUUCCGCCUCAAAGCUUACGCCAGCCCCGCCAAGCUGGAGUCCAUUGACGGUGCCCGCUACCACGCCCUGCUGAUCCCCAGCUGUCCUGGGGCCCUGGUGGACCUGGCCAGCAGCGGGUCCCUGGCUCGCAUCCUGCAGCAUUUCCACUCUGAGAGCAAACCCAUAUGCGCUGUGGGCCACGGUGUGGCCGCCCUCUGCUGCGCCACCAGCGAGGACAGGUCCUGGGUGUUCCAAGGCUACAGCGUCACCGGGCCCUCAGUGUACGAGCUCGUGCGGGCGCCGGGUUUCGCCCACCUGCCCCUGGUCGUGGAGGACUUCAUGAAGGACGCGGGGGCCUGCUUCAGUGCCAGCGAGCCUGACGCCAUGCAUGUGGUGCUGGACCGCCACCUGGUCACCGGGCAGAAUGCCAACUCCACCAUCCCUGCCGUGCAGAACCUGCUCUUCCUCUGUGGCAGCCGGAAGUGAGGAGGCCCCGGGCCAGGCCCCGAGCAGAUGCCACCACCUCCAGAUGUCCUGGGUGUCCCCCGAGACCCUGCCUCGUGACACCCAGCUUGCCUGGCCCCUGGUGGAACUGCUGGGGGGCUCUGAGGAUCCUCCCUGAAUGGGUCGGCCUUGGGGGGCGGACCGAGCCGGUGACUGUGGUGGGUCUCCCCGGGGAGGGGCGGGGAGUGCUGAGCGGGCUGUCCGUGGGCCCCAAGCACCCCGAGUGCUCCACAGUCAGCUGUGGGGUCCCGGGGGGACGCAGAGCCUUCCUGGAAGCCAGGGCGAUUGCUGACCAGGACCCCGGGGUCCUGUUCCUGGCCUCCCUGUGGUCUCCCCACCCCUUUGGGCCUUGGUGGGGGCAGGAGGGGAGGGCCCUCGCCCUGACGCUGGCCUGGCAUGCUGUUUCAGACACGAUGGCAACCCCACGUAAGGCCAGGGUGGACUCAGGUGGACACUGCGGCGUCUCCACAUCCCUUCCAACAUUGGGAGAAAAGCUCGUGGAUAUAGCACAGGGCCACCCUGCCAAGUGGUGUCCAGGUCCUGACGGCCAGGCCUGCUUUGGGGUGGACGUGGCAGAGCCCUGAGCUCCUCUUGGAGUGUGGCCAGCUGGCCUGGGGUGGCGGACGAUCCUGGGUGCCAGGUGGCUGCCCAGCCAGCGGACUCCAGUGCAGCCUGGGUGCUCUCCAGCUUCCUCAGGGCGCCCGCCCGGCCUGUGGCCCACAGUGGGGCCCUGGAGCUGCCCUGCCCUACGUGUCUCCUUCUCUCAGCCUGGCUUUGCCCUGGCUAGCCCCUUGGAAGGGAGGAGGAGGGAGGCAGCCAGGUGCCUCAGCCCCAGCGCCGCAGACCAGGCCAUGCCCUACACGUACCCCUCUCUGCCAGCGGCUCCAGACACCUGCUGGCCUCCGCACCCCGGGCCUGGGCCCCUUCACCAGCCAUCCCACAUGUGGCACCAGCUGGUGAUGGACCUGGCUGGACAAAAGCGUUUUUUAAAAUGGUAAUGCAAAUAAAGAGAAAAAUGAUGACGCCUUA